AUUCUUCUUCAAUUCCUUCAACUAGUCAUAGAAAAUUAAAAUAAAAGAAAAGAAAAAGAAAAUGAAGAUGGCUCCCAUGCCUGCCAUGACACUUUGUGUCGUAGUGGUCUUAGCAUUUGUUCCUUCUCAAGCCCGCGGCUCUUUAGGUGUUAAAAACCUUAACGACGGUUUUUGUGCCACUUUUAUUACUCCCCAUGGGUACAAAUGUGAGGAACAUCAAGUUACAACCAAAGAUGGGUACAUUCUUAGCUUGCAAAGGAUCCCACAAGGUAGAACAAACGUUGGCAAUGGCGGGGCCAAGAGGCCGCCUGUGAUAGUACAGCACGGAGUCAUGGUGGGAGGAAUGUCAUGGGUGCUGGGCCCCCCAAGUGAAAGCCUGCCCAUGAAUCUUGCAGAUAGCGGCUUCGAUGUGUGGAUCUCUAACGCCAGAGGAACCGUUUAUAGUCAAAAACACAUCUCCCUCAACUCCGCUGACCCUGCAUAUUGGGAUUGGACUUGGGACGACAUGGUUGCUAAUGAUGUACCUGCGCUUUUUGAUUAUGUUUACACCAAAACACAUCAGAAGAUUCAUUAUGUUGGCCACUCUUUGGGAACUUUGGUAGCUCUAGUAUCAUUCUCUGAGAGGAAUAGUGUGGUGAUGGACCGGAUCAAAUCAGCGGCAUUGUUAAGCCCCAUUGCCUAUUUGAAUCACAUGACCACUCAACUUGUAAAUGUUGCUGCUAGGAGCUUUAUUGGCGAGAUGACUGCCGUAUCUGGUCGUCCAGAAUUUGAUCCCAACGGAAUAUCUGUUCUUAACAAUGUCAAGUCUCUCUGCGUUACCCAUCAGAUAAACUGCGACGAUAUGUUGACUGCAAUUGCUGGUAAAACUUUUGUAGAAUUAUAUUAA